CGCCGAACGACAUCCUUCCUCUCACCACCAUGGCCUCGCGUUGUCUGGCUCUUAGCCCAAAAUUUGCACAGCGCUCAGGUGCACGAUUUAUAUCGACAACUAGAGUGCUACGGGAAGAAGCAACCACUUCACCCAACCUAGGAUUGGUGCAGCCGCAGAAGAGACCGGUCGGGGGCUUUCGGGGCGGAAUAAUCGGGUUUUUGUUUGGAUUCUCGCUAGCUUCUGCGUUUGCUGCGUACCAUCUUUUAGACGAGUAUAAACUCGCUUCCGCUGCGCUGCAGGCCAGCGUGGAGGAGCUACAAGCCAGCACGGAGAAGGUGUCUGCACACGUCCGUCGUAUCGAAGCAGUGGAGAAAGACUUGAAGGCGCUUGCUCAGAGCUCCGCAAGUAAAGAUGACCUAUCAAGGGUUCGUGCAGAGCUCAAGAAAGUGUACGAUGGAUUGCAUAUCGAAUUCCUUGAUCUGAGAUCACACGUGUGGGGCAUGCGUCAGUCAUUAUUGAGUUUAUUUGAUGCCUACCACUGACGAAAAGUUUGGAACAGAACAAGAUUUGCAUU